AUGAAUUCAGUUAUGUUAGUGGAGAAGGAUGACCUAGAGGAGUUAGAAGAGCCAUUUGACAGUGAUGAUAGCAUUGAAGAUAGAGACUAUGAUCCUGCACAAGACGAAGAAAAUGUAUUCGCACAACUAGCUAACACCUGGACAACUACACCAGCAGGAACUCAAAAAGAAGCAAGAAAUACGUGCUCUCGUAAAAACGGUUACAAGUGGAGUACUUUACCUAUAAAUGAUGGAGGUUGUAAAAUCGCAUCAAGAAAUAUUGUUUAUAUCCGACCAGGUCCAACAAAUUCAGCCAAAUAUGCCAUAGAGCCUAUAGAUACUUUCAAUUUAUUUUUCUCUGAUGAGAUUCUGGACGAAGUUUUUCUACGUACAAAUGAAAAAAUUGCAGAGCUACGAGUGAGAUACAAGACGAAAAAUGCUACUGUUUCAGAUACGACAUUGCCUGAACUGAAAGCGCUGUUGGGAGUAAACGCUUUUGUAAUAUACCACCACAAUGCAACUAAAAACAGACAGGAGCCAUUAUCCAGGCUAAAUUUUAUGCUGAAACUUCAUGAACAAUUAACAAAGCCGUGGCAACAAAUAAGGCUCCAAACAGUACCAACUUUAUCAAGAGGUCUAAAAGAGAGUCUUUCUACGCUCUUACAUUUGCCACGUGCAGAAGACCGCCGAGGGCCCCAAGGGAAAGGAAAACGGACUUACUGCAGCUUGUGCCCUACAGCAAAGAAACGAAUGACAACUACCAACUGUUAUAAGUGCGAGCGUGCCUUGUGUGGCGAGCAUCAAAUAAAAAUAUGUAUGGAAUGUGGACAGUGA